GACUGAAAUAACUGUUUGAAAGUGACUAUUUUAGUCUGUGACUGUGCAACCAUUCACCAACCCUCUGAAACACCCAAUACAGUCACAAAGCUGCUGUGGUUCUUGCUGAUAACCGCUUGUGUACAUUGCACUUUGACCAAUGUCACCGCAGGUUGUUUCAUGUGUUUCUGUCAGUCAGAGAGGAUUACACCUAACUGUCCUGCAGCUGCCAGCACCUGUUGCGUUUGACUGGUUUCCACAUCUGGAUUAAAGGAUUUCUUCUGGUUUGGAGGAUCUCCACUACCACCAUGUCAACAUCUGUACAGCUAGAGCCUGUCAUGGAGAGAAGGUAUGGAGGAGUUGGCCGAUGUAAGUGCUCGUUCUGGUUCGCAGUGGCCCACGACAUUCUCGGCGUGUUCAUCAUGAUGGUGGGGGUGUUUGGCGGGCUGGUUAUCCACGAUUUGUUCAUCUAUGCGGGGGCUAUCAUCAUCUUCCUCAGCCUGAUCUGGUGGGUGUUCUGGUACUCCGGGAACAUCGACGUACCACCCGAGGAGCUGGAGGACGACGUGGGCUUGGUGAAGCUCAAGAGCCGUGGACUCAGCCGGGCCGUGAGGCAAGUGUCAGACCGCUUCACCAGCAGGAUCAGGAACUCUUUCAGAAAGACCAACAGGUCUAUCAGAGAGGGCCCAGUGGGCAACAACAGACCUUCAAACAUGGGUACUGGUGUGUCGCUCUCCACUAUCUAUGACAGCACCAUUGCCUCCUCAUCUAAAGAACUCGUGAGAGAGACGUUGUCAAUAUGAACUAACCCAUUACAGGCUGUCAAUGACGCCAAGAGACACUGAACUUGGAUCUGUAUAUUUGUUGCCUUUACUCGUCAGUUCUGUUGACAGUGUGUUUGCCCUGCUAACAUGCGCUAGUAAUGAUUAGACAACACUGGAGUCUUGUCUAGAUAAGAUCCAAAUGUUCUUAUCUAGCUGAUAAGAUAUGAACUUUGCACACAAUACACAGUGUUGCAAAUGGCUCUGAUUACAACCGCAGCAUUCACAUCAUUCACUAGUUUGUAAUCAGUCACGUUUGGUUGAUUCACAGAUUUUGUGCUGACUGUAAAUAGAAAAAUAAAAGGUUAAAUGGCAGAUUUGUUAUGAUGAAGCUGGAUCUCAUUGUAUUGAUCUACAGUUGUGGUCAAAAGUUUGCAUACCCUUGAAGAAUUGGUAAUAUAUACACUAUGUGUAAAAAAAAAACAUGAGUGAGCAGGCAAAACACAUGUCUUUUAUCUCUUAUGGGAUUCACAUUGAACUGUAGGUCAUAACAGAAUGGCAUAAUCAUAAAACAUAACAUGGUAACAAAGAAAAAAAUUAACCGACCCCUGUUCAAAAAUCUACAUACCAUUAGUUCUUAAUACUGUGUAUUGCCACCUUCAGCAUCAAUGACAGCUUGCAGUCUUUUGUAAUAGUUGUCUAUGAGACCCUGAAUUCUUGCAGGUGGUAUAGCUGCCCAUUCAUCUUGGCAAAAUGCCUCCAGUUCAUGCACAGUCUUUGGUCGUCUUGCAUGAACAGCACAUUUGAGAUCUCUCCAGAGUGGCUCGAUGGCAUUAAGGUCAGGAGACUAUGAUGGCCACUCCAGAAGCUUCAAUUUUUUCUGCUAUAACCACUGCAGGGUCAACUUGGCCUUGUGCUUAGGGUCAUUAUCAUGCUGGAAAGUCCAAGAGCGUCCCAUGCGCAGCUUCUGUGCAGAAUAAUGCAAAUUGUCUGCCAGUAUGUUCUGAAAACAUGCUGCAUUCAUCUUGCCAUCAAUUUUCACAAGAUUCCCUGUGCCUUUAGAGCUCACCCCCCCCAAAAAAAAAUCAGUGAGGCAGCACCAUGCUUCACAAUGGGGAUGGUAUUCAGUUCACUAUAGGCCUUGUUGAACCCUCUCCAAACAUGGUUGUGACCAUAAAGCUCUAUUUUGGUCUCGUCACUCCAAAUUACAGUGUGCCAGAAGCUGUGAGGCGUGUCAAGGUGUUUUCAGGCAUAUUGUAACCGGGCUUUUUUGUGGCAUUGGCGCAGUAAAGGCUUCUUUCUGGCAACUUGACCAUGCAGCUCAUUUUUGUUCAAGUAUUGUUAUAUUGUGCUCCUUGCAACAACCACACCAUCUUUUUCCAGAGCAGCCUGUAUUUCUCCUGAUGUUACCCGUGGGUUCUUCUUUGUAUCCCGAAUAAUUCUUGCAGUUUUGGCUGAAAUCUUUCUUGGUCUACCUGACCUUGGCUUGGUAUCGAGAGAUCCAAGAAUUUUCCACUUCUUAAUAAGUGAUAAGUGUCCGUAACAAGGCCAAACAUUCAGGGGUAUCUCUGUUAUCAUUAUUGUUUAAAAAGCAGCCAAACAACUAUGUCUUCAUCUGAUCACUAUCCUUGAAUCAAAGACAUUUAUUUUGCAUGAUGACAUGAUGAGCCAUAUUUUCAAGAUUAAUGCCAAAAUUUAAAAGAUUCUGCCACGGUAUGCAAACUUUUGAGCACAACUGUAUGACCAGAACAUUUAUAGCUUUUAACUUUUUUUUAUUUCUAACUUUUUUUUAAAGGGCAUAAAAGGGCACUAGUGGAAAUCAACCAAAUACAGCCAGAAGGAAAAGUCGCACAGUUUUUACCUAUUCAUUUGAUCUAUGAAGAUUAAUUUAAACUUCAUAAUGUCUUUUUUAAAUUACACUCACUUUCACACCAAAUCAACACCUGGUGGAGCUCUGAGGUUUCGAGUCUCACUAUGUGCUUGUGUAUUUUGAAUGCAUGACGAUGACAAUGGCUUUCACAAUAUUUAUGGUACCCACACACCAAUCUGCAUCCAGGGGAAGUGACAAUAAGAGAAACACAGGGAAUCUGUAAGUGUUUCAUGAAAACACUCCUACGGUUUAGUUAAUGUUGUUAAAUAAUGUUGCUAUGCUUCUGUAUAAUAAAGAAUUAAACAGGAGAUGUUUGUGUUCGGGGCCGUAGCAACACCACCUCCCUAAGAAAUAUUUCACUCGCCACAAAAAAGUUAAAAUAUUCUGACUAUUUAACUUUUUAUUUAGUUAUUUAACAGUUAGAUUUUCUGUGAAAUGUAUUUCCCUACAUCCACCCCCCUGCGACCCUGUACGCAGGAUAAGCGGUUGACGAUGGUUGGAUGGAUGGAUGGAUGGUAUUUCCCUACAUGUUGCUUUCAAGGCUGUUUCAUAGCCAUAAUACCAAAUUCCUUUAUGUAAGAAAAGUACUCUCUAAAAUGUACUCUGUAUUUUUAACAAUAGGAUACAAACACAAGUAGAAGUGAAUUACACAAAUUCUUCUAUAUCAAGCAGUGUGAACUAAAGAGUUAUGCUUGCCUUUCUCUGGUUUAUGCCAGCGCUUUAACUAAAUGAUGUAUUUGUAUGUAAAAUGUCACAGGAACGCACAUCAGCAUUCACACACUUCCAAUCACUGAUGUUACGACCCGCUCUAUUUCCUGAGCCUUUAUUUUGUCGCAUAUAACAAAAGACAAAACUAACCAUGUAAAAGCAAAGCACAACAAGUAUGAUACUAUAAUUUCACAGACUAAAAGUGCCCAAUUCCUGUUCAGAGACUUUUCAAAAUAAACUCUUCAGUUACAAUUGUCCAAACUGUGGCAUCCAGGUAAAACAGAGUUGUCUGAAUCACGACAACCUCUUAUUCCAGCUCUGGUCGGACAAUAUCUCCAGUUUGUGAAACAUGUAAUAAAAAUCCAACACAGGCAUGCACAUGAAUACACAGACGCUAAAACCUUAGAUUAGAUAUGGCCAGACAGAUCAGAGUGCAGAUUUCAGCAGACUUAUCAGGUCAUCUGAUUAGCCCUGCAUGUGAUACCCAUAACUGUGUGCCUUUGUCUGAGUUAGUUGUAGGGAAGAAAAUUAAAUAUCAAAUAUAUUCUGUAGCUGUUCUCUAAUUGAAAAUUGUUUGUUCUGCUGGUUUAGCUUGUCAUUUGCUGCUUCCUUUUCCCCUCACAUCCUCUCCUCAUAGUGUAUACACUGUAGGACAGUUUCUUCAGCACCAAAGCCCCAGCUAAUCAUAAAUUCCAGAAAAACAAUUCUGGCAUUGACAUUUUAACAAGACUAAGAGUCUUGAGUGGUGCAUUGAGGCAAAUGCCUCAUCUUUACACUUCUUAGCUUAGUGUGUUAGCCUGCUAACAUUUGUGAAUUAGCAGUAAACACAAAGUACAGCUAAGGAUGAUGGGAAUGUCAUUAGUUUUGCAGGUAUUUGAUAGAAAGCGAAGUAUUGGACAAAUUGAAAUUUGACCUGAUGAUGGCGCUAGGGGAAAAGGUAAGGAGUCAUUACAGUGAUUAGGCUACAGUUCAUCCUAAGCUUGAUCCUGCCCCUGAAAUAAAUAAAUAAAAAUGUCAUUAUUAACCAUAUUUAAUGUAAUACAUGUAAAUGAACUGAUAAGAACUUUAAAGUAAUUGUCAGAAACCACAGGCCAGUGUUAGAUUAUUAAACUAGUGUGUAGACAUCAGAAAGCAUAUAUUUGGAUGAAACAUUGCCAAAGGGUCAGGGAGGGUUAGUCAUUCCUUUCCUUCUGUUAUUGACCAGCAAAGAGUUUAGAUGCUUUAGUGGUUUAAGCAGGUCAGUAAUGGGAGCUGCUGAGGAUGAGUGUGAUACAGAAUCAUUUCAGCCACAAGUGGUCAGGAGUGUACAGGUCUGAAGUGUUGACAUGAUCUUAAUGUGUAAAUGUCACAGUCUGCACUCAGCUUGUCAAUGUCUGAGCCUAAGUUUAUUUCUAGCUAGUUUAGUAGUGAACAUCAUCUGGAUCCUGAGCCAUAUCAUCAUAAGAUUCUUAACAAGAAGCUCCAAGCAUUGAACCACCCCUGUCAUCAUUACUGGUCAUCAGUGGGGUUUUCUUGUAAGCAAACAAAUAAUGUUCACAUUAGUAUUACUCACCAAAACACACAUGUUGGACCUUAACACUCCUUGAGGCCCAACAAAUUUUCUGAAAGCAUUUUUUCCUCCAUGAAACAUGCUUUCAAAGCAGAUUUUAAAUUACUUUCCAACUUGUGUUUCUUGUAUCCCUGUUAAAAUAGCAGGUCAGUAAUAGUAUUUGCUGUUUUUUUGUUCAUUAGAGGAAUACUGUGAAACUGUCAUUGGGAAUUGUACUGUGUGACUCACAUGCUCAAGCGCAUACAUGUGUGUUCCCAAGCUAGUAGAGCACAAAACACAAACAAAGCAGGCACCCAGUCAUCAAAACCUUGCUCCAUAGUUCAAGCAGUGAUCAAAACUCCACAGGACUCCUGUAAUGGAGCUUGCAUGACCACUUAAAAACUGGCUGAAACUGAACACACUUUGAUUUAGCUGCUUUGCUCCCAGUUUUCUUCUGGUUCAUGAGUAUCAGAUAUAAAGAGUUAUCGUCACUUACAUUUCAUUCUGCGAUGAGGAAAUCCCUGCGAUAGUAACAAAUGUACAUUAAUACACCAGUCUUAGUGUCUGCCACUUUAUUGUCAAUUAAUAAAUGUUUAAAUGUUGACUAUGUAUGAAAAAACUCAAAACUGCAAUAGCUGAUUUACACUUCGAGAGUGGUGAGAACAAACAAUGAGCAGAAACUGACUAGAAAGCUCAGUGAAGCCGAAGGGAACUGCAGAUUUGGGAGAUAAUUUCCUGUAGGUUCACAUUGUCACGUUGUUUUCACAUUGUCAUUUGAGUCAUAAAUGUUAUAAAAAUAUCAGUUAUAGCUGCUUUAAUAAUAAUUGUUAGCUUAUAAGUCAUUCUUUGUUAUGGUUUCUUCAAGAUUGCCUCUAAAUAAAAACUGCAUUUGAUCUUUAUCAGAAGGUAAAUCUGUUUCCUUUCAGUCAAGUUGCAGCAUACUGUUUAUUCUGCCUUGUUCACAUGAAUGUGGUACUACAGAUGGAUCUGCCUUGUUUGAUAUCUUGCAGAUUGAGACAUGUCCUCUCCACCACAAAGGGCAGAUAUCUCUGGGGGAACACAGAGCUGUGUUUGUGGAUUUCAUUCUGCAAAGCUACUGUAAAAUUUGUUUGUGUGACAUUCAAGUAAUCAUCAUCAUCAUUAUUAUCUACCUGUCGGGUUGUUCCAGCUGUUCUCACUGGUGCUUCAGGUACCAACUCCUGCCACCUCUUGUAUUGCCACACCUGCAUCUGUUGCUCUAGCCAUUUCGAAACAGCCAGCUCUGAAUUCAAGAAUGGUGAUCCCCGUGCCUGUGCUUUCCCGACAACCACCUCUUCCUCCAUUCCAGUCCCUUUACCCCUUUCUCCCUCAAUAAACCUCCUUCCCUCCGAA